AUGAAUACGAAUAAUGGGUACCCCUACGGGCAGCCCUACAACGCCAAUGGUGGUCAGCCUCAAGACAACCCACAAUACCAGUACCAAUACCAAUACCCAUACCAGUACCCAUACCAAUAUCCAUACCAAUACCAAUAUCCAUAUCAAGGUUACUAUGGAACUGUACCAAAUGAAGGCUAUUAUCAGCAGCCGUACUACCAUUAUAAUCCUUAUGGGUACCAGUAUAACGGGUCUUAUGUUCAAGGCAUGCCGUUUAUGCCACAGUACUACAACAACGGAUACUAUGAGUACGGCCCAACCCAUAAUACUUAUAACGGCCAGACGUUUAAUGGUGGUGUUCAGAUAUUUGGCUUCUAUGACCCUGAAACAGGGGAUGUUAGGGAAUACCAUGUCUAUGGAACUAAUGCUGGCUAUGAAGUUCCUCAGAAUGAUCAGGACUUCAACAGAAAUACCUACCCAGGACAUUUGCAGCCAGAUGCCAAUCCAGAGUAUUACAACAGGCCUAACGACGCCCACCAGAAUACUUUUAAUGGAACCAGCAAUAACAGGCCUAACCAAGACCCUUCCAUCCAAGGCAACUUCCAUCCACUGAGGACGUCACAAACAAACCGCCGAGUGGGUAACAAGACCAUUCCAGCAUCCCUAGCAAACCUCUUCAAGCCCCAGUUUAAACCUCUUCCACAUAUACUAUUGGCUCAUUCCCUGGCGUUCUUUCCACGAACCUACACUGAUGAAGAAGCCCAGGAGCUUGUUCCUCAUAAACCAGCCAACUGGAUCUACGACUUAAUAGAAAGAUGCAAAAAGGAAAAGCAAGCUAAAGAAAGCCAGGUCUGUUCGUGUCCUUCUCCGCAUGUCAUAAUUGGGUUCCCACCAUAUGCAACCACCAGAAGCCAUCCUAGUGAGUACUUGACUUGCUACACAGCCUGGGAUGAUCCACACCGGAUGGUGGACGAGCUUCUCGAGUCAGUUGCUUCCUCUAGCGACCAGGAGAGUUCGGAAAAAUCAAGCAGAAAGACCAGAUCGACGCUGCCGUCCCUAGAACGCUCUAAAGCGGCAUCUCCACUCAGUGACCUCAUACCAUUUAACCCGUCAGACUGGUAA